GCUCGUAACAUUUCUAUACCAGUUACUUAAAAGUGCUCAAUCACGUCGCCAUCAACGCUCGUCCGGCAUAUCGUCAAGCGUACACUCGCAGGCGGUGUUAAUAAAUUCAAACAAGGCAAAAUUAUGGUCAUAACACACAAUGUUAAGGGCUACGAAGAGUUCUCCAAGAAAAUGGAGGAACUAGAAACCGGUGACGGCAACAACCAAGUGCAUGUCCUCUUCAGUGGUGGCAAAGACGAAAAUGGCGAGAGCUGGUGUCCAUAUUGUGUCAAGGCUGAACCGGUGAUACAUGAUGCAUUGAAGAAGGCCCCUGAAAACUCCCACUUUGUGCAUGUCGAUGUUGGCGAGCGUUCAUACUGGAAAGACUUGAACUGUCCAUUCCGCAAGGAUCCCAACACCCAUCUGAUUUUCUUGCCAACACUGCUGCGCUGGAAGUCGCCACAGCGAUUGGAUGGCGAGCGGUGCUCCAACAAGGAUCUGGUUGAGAUGAUGUUCGAGGAUGAGGAAUAAUUACACAAGCAACUCCAAAUUAAUGGCAGCCUCCAUUGCACAUAUUUACAACAGUUGUCAUAUAUUUUAUUUUUGGAAUGUUUCGCAAUGCACGCAUUAUAAUUAAAACAUUUUAAAUUGUCACUUCAA